CGCCUGGAGAGCCUUUUCCUUUCGAUUCCAAGCCCAGAGAGCGCGAAAGAAACGCUGCGAGGCUACACGACUGAACCGCACAUCGCAGGUGGAGAUGCUGACUAUCGAUCAGCCCUGCAGGUGCAAAAGCAAUGGGCUUCUCUCCUCGAUCUCCCGGAGCAAGACCCUACGGACCUCCUCUUCGAUGCUGGCUCGUCCGAAAGCCAGCACUAUCUCACAGGCGACUGGAAGGGGCAAGGAGGGUACGCUCUAGGCCCUGUACGUGUAUGGACUGAUACCUACCAUGUCUGGCUCAAUGACCCGCAGGAGGAUGCUUCAUCGCUCAGCCUCGGCCCAGCUACCAAAAAAAGAGUUGACAAGACUGCACCAACCUGGGAAGCUGACCUUCGCGAGGACACGCUCGACGACGACCCUACCAGCGUGCACCGCAUCCCCGCCUUUCACGGUUACAGCAAACCAGGCUCAGCUUCCGGCCCUUUGGUAUUUGCAGGAUACUGCAGCCCUUCCGACUUUGCCCUGCUCAAGAAACGCAAGAUCCCUGUCAAGGGAGCAAUCACGCUCUGCAGGUACGGCGGCCUGUUCCGCGGCCUCAAAGUGCUCGCGAGCUACGAAGCCGGUGCAGUCGGCACUCUCAUCUUCUCCGAUCCUAUCGAGGACGGCAAUGUCACCGAGGCUAACGGGCACAAGGCCUACCCCGAUGGUCCUGCCAGGCAAGCCACCUCCAUCCAGCGUGGAAGUGUCCAGGCUUUGAGUGCCUACCCUGGCGACCCUGGCACGCCUGGCCGACCCAGUUACAAGAACGCCACGCGCCUAGACGCAAGGAAGGCCGACUCACUACCCAAGAUUCCUUCGCUUCCCAUCAGCUACAAGAAUGCUGCGCGUCUCUUCGCAGCUCUUAAGGGGAAGGGCGUCAACAGCAAGGAAUUCGAAGAAGCGGGCAAGGGCACUUGGCUCGGCGCCAUCCCGGAUGUCAAAGAGUACUGGACCGGCCCCACUCCCGAGGACGUGGUGGUCAAGAUGAACAACGCGAUGACUCCUCCAUCCACCGUCAAGCCGAUCUGGAACAGCUAUGCCCUCAUUCCUGGAGUGGUCCAGAACGAAGUUGUCGUUUUGGGAAGCCACCGUGAUGCCUGGUCGUGUGGAGCGGGCGACCCCUCGUCAGGCGCAGCCGCCGUCCACGAGGUGGUUGCAGGGUUUGGCGCCCUACUCAAGACCGGUUGGAGACCAUUGCGCUCCAUCCUCGUUACCAGCUGGGAUGCAGAGGAAUACGGACUCGUUGGAAGUACAGAAUUUGGCGAGGACUACGCCAAGUGGCUCCAGGAACACGCCGUCGCCUACCUGAACACGGACGUUGCCGCCUCCGGUACAGGGCUGAAGACGGGCGCAUCUCCCUUACUCGCCGAGCUACUCCGCGGGGCUGCUCGCAACGUCACUGACCCUAAUGGAGACGGCAAUGCCACCAUCCAACUCAGCACCGUCAAGCCCCUUGGCUCUGGCUCAGACUUCUCCGUCUUCCUCCAGCACCUGGGGAUUCCCUCCUCUGAUAUUGGCUAUGCGCACACCCCUGGGCGGGGCGAUCCUGUCUACCACUACCACUCGCAGUACGACUCCUUCUCCUGGAUGGAGAAGUACGGUGACCCGGAGUUCAAGCACAUCACCACCAUUGCCAAGGUCCUGGGUCUCGCGGCUCUGAGGGUAGCAGAUGGAGUGAUUCUGCCCUUCAGCUUGGAGGAGGAAGCAAACACUAUCGCUGAAUACGUCACCAAAGUCGAAGAGGUGGCGAAGAAGAAUGGAGCUGGCGUCAGGACUAGUGGAGGCUGCCAUGGCAGUCAGAAGGGCAAGCUCGACUUCACCAAGCUGCAUCGCGAGGCAAAGCAAUUACAGCGUGCCGCUCAGCGCUUGGAGUGCAAGAAGGCCAAGAUCAGCAAGGAGCUUGAGGAGCUUUUCUCCUCCAUCGGCAAGAGCGAUAACAACGGCGACACACCUGCCGGGCAGAAGCUCCGUCGUCUGCUGCACCUCCUCGCCGAGGCGCAGAAGAUCAACACUGCGUCCCGCACAUUUGAGCAUCACUUCAUCCACCCAAAGGGACUCAAGGGCCGUCCAUGGUACCGUUCGCUCCUUGUUGCGCCUGGACGUUGGCUGGGGUACGGGGCUACCCCGCUUCCCGGGCUGACGGAGGCUAUCACACUUGAUGGCGGUGAGGGGGCAAGCGGAGAGGUGCAGAGGCUC